AUGCUCACGGGAGCCAAUAGCGUUGAGGAAGGUAUCAAGCUGUAUCAGGAGCUGAGUCAUCUAUUAGAAACAGCGAAAUUCACUUUAAGGAAAUGGAGUUCCAACAGUCCGGAAAUAUUAGCAGCUAUCCCAGAACCGUUGAAGGACGACCGCACAUCCUUGGAACUAGAGCCAUCAAAAGCAACCAUUAAAACCCUGGGACUCUCAUGGGAACCUCGAUCGGACUAUUUUCGGUUCACUGUUCCUCAGUGGAGCAACUCUACUGAGAUUAACAAGCGUAUCAUCUUGUCCGAUUUUGCUCGUCUAUUUGAUUCCCUUGGAUUAGUCGGACCAGUAGUUGUCCAAGCUAAGAUAUUUAUUCAAAAUCUCUGGAAACAGAAAUGUUCUUGGAAUGAAACUCUUGGCGAAGAUCUCCAGCAAUGGUGGAAGGACUUCAGACACAACUUAGCUGAUCUAGCAACCCUGAAGGUUCCACGGUGGCUCGCUUUCGAUAACAGUAUCGUUUCGUUGGAAAUCCAUGGAUUUUGUGACGCAUCCGAGAAGGCCUAUGGUGCGUGUAUUUAUCUUCGGUGCACUUCAUUCGAUGGCCAGGUUACGGUUAACUUAAUCACGGCCAAAUCUAGAGUGGCACCACUCGAUGAUGUGCAGCGGAAAAGGAAGAAAAUCAGCAUACCAAGGUUAGAGCUAUCAUCUGCAGUUCUCCUGAGCCAUGUCUACGAAAAGGUUGUCGACAGCUUACGGGUCAAGGCACAACCGUACUUUUGGACAGACUCGACCAUUGUGAAGUGCUGGCUGUCUUCAACUCCUUCCCGCUGGCAGAUGUUUGUCGCUAAUAGGGUCUCAGAAGUUCAGCAUCUUACAAGAACAGGAACAUGGAAUCACAUCUCCGGAUCUGAAAACCCUGCAGAUGUUAUAUCCAGGGGAAUGACACCAGAAAGGCUAGCAAAUCAUCACACCUGGUGGCACGGACCAGAAUGGUUAAGGAAUCCACGCAACUUUUGGCCAAAAGGAAAUACGACGGAUGCAGAAGAGUUGGAUCAAUCGUUAUUGGAGAAAAAAUCGACUAUUGCCGUUCCCGUACAACUUCAAGUUCCCAACGAUACCUUCAAACUGCGAUCAAGCUUUUUGGCACUUGUUCGGAUUGCGGCUUUAUGCCGAAGAUUCACCUACAACUGUAGCAACCCAGCAAGCAGAAGGAAAGGCUACCUAUCGUAUCAAGAACGUGAAGAAGCGACGCUGGCACUCGUACGCCUUGCUCAAAGCGACAGCUUCGCCGAAGAUAAGGAAGAAAUAUUAUCGAGGGGACAAGUUUCUCCGUCGUCCAGGUUGAAAUCUCUUCAUCCUGCCCUAGGCCGCAAUUAA